AUGAUGAGAUCAAGAAGCUUUUGGUUAUCUCUCGUAUUGCUUGGGGUUUCCCCGCUGGUCACAAGGGGAUGGAUGGUCGAGGACAGGAGCAGAAGGCUGUAUGUGGACGGAGGGAGGUCGCAUCAAGAGGACUCCAGAAGGUUUGAAGUUACAAGAAGAAAAGUGCUUUAUGGGGAGGAUGGCCUGCAUGCAUCGUGUGAGAAGAAGUACUGCGGCCGGGGCAGUAAGUGUGUGGUGAACAAGGACACCAACGAGCCCGAGUGCAGGUGUGUGGAGGAUUGCAAGUCCAGCUACAUGCCCGUGUGUGGAUCUGAUGGCAAAUUUUAUGAGAAUCAUUGUCAACUGCAUCGAGCCUCCUGCCUGCAGAGGAAGAAAAUCUACAUUAUCCACAGCAAGGACUGUUUCUUCAAAGGUGACACCUGUACAAUGGCAGACUACAGCCGGCUCAAAAGCAUCCUCCUGGACCUGCAUGCUCAUCGGCAGAGCCCACCACGCAGCCCAGCCAAGGACAGAGUAUCCCAGAAGCGCUUUUUAGUUGAAGAUCUGUUUAAGCACUUGGAUGUGAACAGUGACGGGCAUCUCAGCAGCUCCGAACUGGCGCAGCUAAUGAAGGAGGAGGACCUGGAAGAUGACUUGUUGGAUUGUACACUAGAAGACCUUCUCCGGUUUGAUGAUUACAACAAUGAUGGUCACUUAACCCUUCAGGAGCUCUACACAGCCUUCCAGGUGGUCCAGCUGAGCCUGCCGGAGGACCAGAAGGUCAGCGUUACCACCAUCACAGUUGGCCUGAGCACUGUUCUGACAUGCAGCAUCCGCGGGGCGCUGCGGCCUCCCAUCAUCUGGAAGCGCAACGGUGUCAUCCUCAACUUCCUUGACUUGGAGGACAUCAAUGACUUCGGAGAAGAUGAUUCCCUCUAUAUCACCAAGGUAACAACUAUUCACAUGGGCAAUUACACCUGUCAUGCCUACGGCUAUGAAGAGCUGUAUCAGACCCACAUCCUUCAGGUGAAUGUGCCACCAGUGAUUCGCGUGUACCCAGAAACACAGGCACAGGAGCCUGGCGUGUCAGCGAGCCUCAGAUGUCACGCUGAAGGCAUCCCUAAUCCCCGAAUUACCUGGCUAAAGAAUGGCAUUGAUAUAAUUCCAAAACUAUCCAAACAACUAGCGCUCCUAGCAAAUGGAAGUGAACUUCAUAUCAGUAGCGUUCGAUAUGAAGACACUGGUGCCUAUACCUGCAUUGCUAAAAACGAGGUGGGAGUGGACGAGGACAUAUCAUCGCUUUUCAUAGAAGAUUCAGCAAGAAAGACCCUUGCAAACAUACUGUGGCGAGAGGAAGGCCUGAGUGUUGGGAACAUGUUCUAUGUCUUUUCUGAUGAUGGGAUCACAGUCCUCCAGCCAAACGAAUGUGAAAUCCGGAGACACAUCAGGCCCGAAGAGAGGAUUUUCACAAGUUAUGAAGAGAUCUGUCCGAGAGUGGAAGGUGAAGGCGCUCACUCCUGCCUCUGGGCUUCGGCAGUCAAUGUCAGAGACAAGUACAUUUAUGCGACACAGCCUAAGCUGAAUAGAGUAAUGAUAAUUGAUAUCCAGACUCAGAAAGCCAUACAGUCCUUGGAUGUUGACCCGUUACCAACCAAAUUACAUUAUGACAAGUCCCACGACCAAGUGUGGGUGCUUAGCUGGGGUGACAUGCGGAAGUCCUCACCAACGCUGCAGGUCAUUCCAGAGGCAAGCACAGGGGAGGAGCAGCAUGUUAUCCGCACGCCAUUUGAAGGAGUGGAUGAUUUUUUUAUACCACCUACAAAUCUUAUUAUUAAUCACGUUAGGUUUGGCUUCAUCUUUAACAAAUCGAAGUCAGCAGUUCACAAAAUUGACCUGGAAACUGUGACCCACAUCAAGACCAUCAACUUCAGAAACCAUAGCUGCAUACCACAGACCAUGGCUUAUACCCACCUGGGCGGUUACUUCUUCGUCCAGUGUAGGAAGAAUAGGUCGGUGGCUGCAUCACCACAGGUCAUCAUUGACAGUGUCACUGAUGCUGUCAUCGGCCCCAACAGCGACGUGUCGGGCACGCCAUACAUCUCACCAGAUGGACGCUAUUUGGUCAGUGCGGAUGAAGACAGUGGCAGGAUCAAAGUCCAGGCUCUAACUGUCCGCGGGGAAAUCAAGUUGAUUUAUGACUUACAAACAGACAUACACAUAUCUGAUCUGACAUUUCAACCCUCUUUCACUGAAGGCAACCAGUACUAUAUAUAUGCUACUUCACAUUUGCAAACAGAUGUGCUUUUUGUAGAGCUGUCAACGGGGAAAAUGAAUGUACUGAAGAAUUUAAAGGACCCUAUCACAUCCAAAGACUGGCCCUGGAGCAGCUACAACAGAAUUAUGAAAGACAGUGGACUAUUUGGACAGUAUCUCAUUACACCAGCUAAAGAGUCAUUGUUUGUUAUAAAUGGGAGGCAAAAUACGUUACGCUGUGAGGUUUCAGGUAUAAGGAGGGGUAACACAGUGGUCUGGGUUGGAGAGGUAUGAAGGGCAAUAGCAGUAGAGCCUUCAGCAGGCAAGUACCGGUUGGACCUUUACACUGCGACAACUGAGCAGUAGCAUUGUAUAUUUUUACACUGGGGGGAAAAAAAUAAGA